AUGCCGGAUGACCAUUUUCGACGGCAUUUUCGACUCUCGAAGGGAACGGUGCGGUUGUUGUGCGAGGAACUGGCGGGGGAACUCGAAGCGGAGCGAGCGACGGGACUGUCGGUGGAGCGAAAGGUGUGUGCGCUGCGCUUCUUUGCCACUGGGAGCUUCCAAGCGUCCGUUGGGAGCGAGGAGACGAUUCAUGUGUCGCAGUCGACAGUGAGCGAGUGCGUGCGACGGGUGGCAGAGGCUGUGGUGAACGCCGGGGCGCGCAACAAGUGGGUGCAUUUUCGUAAGGCGGCCGAGGAAAAGGCAGCCGUGAACGAAGGUUUUCUUCGGCGCGGUGCUAUCCCCGGCGCCAUAGGAUGCGUCGAUGGCAGCCUCGUAGCUAUUGUCGCACCGAAGGGUGAGCGCAAGGCGGCGUUCAUGUGCCGCAAGGGAUACUACGCCCUCAAGUGCAUGUUCAUCUGCGAUGCGGACAUGAAAAUCUUGGCCGUGAACCCUCUGCGACCGGGGUUGGACCACGACGCUUUCGUAUGGCGCACGACAUGGCUGCGCCGGCGGUUUCAAGCGGGCCGCAUCGUGAAUCCCGGGGAAUACCUCCUCGGUGACAGUGGCUUCCCCUUGGAGCCGUGGCUCCUGACCCCAGUUCCUGGCGAUCCUCCAGCGCAGACAGCCGAGGGGCAGUACCACACAGCACAUGGCGCCAUGCGUUCCGUAGUGGAGAGGUGCAUUGGGCUCCUAAAGAGCCGUUUCCGCUGUCUUCAGCGAUAUCGCACCCUCCUCUACGAGCCGGAACGUGCAGCAACAUUGUCACGGCAUGUGCUGUGUUGCACAACCUUCGCCUUUCUGAGGGCAACAUAG